AAAUAUUAAUUAUUUAUUUAAUUCCCAAUUUUUUAAUUCUGUUUUCAGUUUUUUAUUUAUUUUUCUUUUUCUACUUUAUUUUCCUUCUGUCCUUCUUUUCCCCCAAAACCCUAAUUUCGUAACCUUGAACAAUUUCUGAAAAACCAAACAAAAAUUAGCAUUUAUUUUUUUCUGAAUUUUUGAAAAAUCAAGUGUAACCAUUGAAGCUCUGUGCUUGGUCUGCAAUGGCAGAGACUCAGCCGUAGAAUAUUGUUACAGUGUAUAUUUAACUGUAGAAGUUUUUACAGUCAAAAUUUGUUCUUUGAAGAUUCAAGGAAGGGUCUAGGGUUUUGGGUUCGUUAAAUUUGUAGUGGGUAUUCUGUAAUCUUUCUAGGGUUUUGAUCUUGUGUUUGUGCUCUUUACGAAGAUUUCAUUUUCCUUGAAAUUUGUACUAUACAACUGUUCUUUGGAAAUUCUGGGUUUUUCACUUUCAAAAAGGUUAAAUUUUUUUUUUUUUUUUCAUCAGCAGGUUUUAGGUCUGUAGUGUUGAUAGUGAUUUUCUGGAUUUAGGGUUUAAGGGUUUGGUUUUUUUUUUUCUGCUUUGGGUUUAUGAAUGGAGGGAAAAGAAGAAAUGAACAAUUCUGGGGUCACUAUGAAGGGGGAGGAAGCUGCAGAGAGCUACCGGGUGGUUGCCAGAAGUGAAACCACCGGCCAAUUUGGCGGAUCCGCGGUGGCUGCAACGCCAGUUAGCGUGGCCGUGCCGGUUCCGGGCACGGAGGUGAAGAAGAAGAGGGGUAGGCCAAGGAAGUAUGGACCAGAUGGGAAACCCACCAUGGCUUUGUCCCCGAUGCCGAUUUCAGCUUCGAUUCCGCUGACCGGAGACUUUUCGGCUUGGAAUCAUGGCAGAGGACGGUCAGUUGACUCAUUCAAGAAGAAGCACAAAUUGGACUUCGAGAGACCAGGCGAUCGGGUUGCAUACUCUGUUGGUGCAAAUUUCACGCCCCAUGUGAUCACUGUUAAUGCUGGCGAGGAUGUUACAAUGAAGAUCAUAUCAUUUUCUCAACAAGGGUCGAGAGCUAUUUGCAUUCUUGCCGCAAAUGGUGCAAUUUCAAAUGUUACACUUCGCCAGCCUAAUUCUUCUGGCGGUACUUUAACCUAUGAGGGUCGUUUUGAGAUACUGUCCUUGUCUGGAUCAUUUAUGCCCACUGACUCUGGAGGAACAAAAAGCAGAUCUGGCGGGAUGAGUGUCUCUUUGGCGGGACCAGAUGGUCGUGUUGUGGGGGGAGGACUUGCUGGUUUACUGGUUGCUGCUGGCCCUGUUCAGGUUGUGGUUGGCAGCUUUCUACCAGGCCAUCAUCAGGAGCAGAAGCCCAAGAAGCAGAAAUUUGAGCCUGCACCAGCUUUCACUAUUACCCCGAGUAAUCUCACCCCUAGAGAAGUAAUAGAGGGUUCCUAUGGCGGACCAAAGCCGAACCUCACAUCUUCUGCUUCCUUCCAGGGAGAGAACAUAGCUUCUGUAAACUCCGUGCAAGCUUCAAAGAAUUUGGCCACUGAAAAUAACAUCUCUUUGUCCGGAGGGGAAUCUAACGACCACAACCCACCAAAUUGUAAGGUUUCUUGCUGAUCACACUUGCGCCGUGUAUCCUGGUUGUAUGCCGGCCAUCUUUAUAGCAAACUUCGAAGCUUUUAGGCUCACUCCCCCUCGUCUGACCCCUUAUAUAAACUCGUUAACUAUUUAUUAUCACAGGAAAUAGUAGAGGUUAACAUCAUGCUGGUCUAGAACCAGAACUGUACUUUAGGCACUAGGUUAGGACUUCCCUCCAUAGGCUGUUAUCAUCUUGUGUUGUCUGUUAUUGUCCCAUUUGUUGUUGUAGAAACCACCUUGUUUGUCAUUUGUUCCUGGUUUAUCUGUAUUUGGAAGAUUAAGAUUAAGUGGACCGUGUUUUUUUGUUUUAUUUAUUUAUUUUAUCAUCAAUGAAUGAUCUGUCUGUUGUGAAUUUAAUGGUACUAAGUGAAGUCACACACAUCAGUGUUGUGCAAAUGUAAAAUCCCACAAAAUGUGCUUUUCCU